CAAACAGUGAUAAACGUCAUCAUCAAAAUAAAUCAAAACGCGAGUUUGGGAUGCUGUGUUUUCCAAAACUUUGGAAUAAAAUCGUGAAAUUUAGUUAAUUUCUUUGCAUUUUGCGUACCUUACUGAGCGAAUCAUCGUUCGGCCGGUUGCCGCGAUGAAUUUCGCACCGGUAACGCCGCGGGCCUUCGCGGCCAUUCAAAACCUCAACAUUGCCGAGCUGGCACAGUGCAGCGCCAGUGAAAUCCGCCCUCUGCUGCCGUGUUUGGUGCGGAUGAGCUUACUUCCCCCGCUGGAUGGGACCAAAAGUUGGAUGGACAACCGGAAACAGCUACUAUCGAUAUUGGCCGGCAUAGAGGUGGUGAACAACAUCGUUUCCCUGCUGCAGGUCAGCUUUCACGAGCUGGAGGUGGACGUCAAGAAGGAGCAACAGCUGAGACAAAAAAUAGGAUACACAGCUCAGGAUUCCGCUCAGUUCCACAGUUUGCCAAAUGGUGUUGUGAUGGGCUUCGAGAGAGCCGACAUUGUUAGCAAAGUGCGAGUAGUUCUGUCGGAACUGUUCUACAUCCAGGCGCAGAUUAUGGAGCAGACAGCCCAAGCAGCCAUGCAAAAGUCCUCGAACGAAGUGGUCAUCAAAAAGUCGGAACUGUUCGAUAACGACAUUUAUCUGGAGGAGAUUGCUGAUAUUAUUUGUAUUGCAUUGGCUGAACUUCCUUCACUUUUGAACCUGCUGGAUGUGGUCGAUACUCUUCUGUAUGUUAACAAUGGAAGCCGGAUUGUAUGCUGGGUGGUGGCCAACAUGCCCGACUGCUUUCGCGAGGUGGUUACAACAUUGAUAACCAAUGGGGAUGAGGAUACACCGGAGGGCAAGCUGCGGCUUGCUGCCCUGUACGAGUUGUGCGAAAUGAACCCAAGCCAGGCACUGACCACCCGGACUAUUUGCGUGGAACAGACGAAGAUGCCCUCGUUGAUGCUCAAGCUCAGUUUGAAAGAUCCACAGAACUUGGUUGCCUUUGUUUCCGGAUUGCUUUUGGGGAACGAUCAGAACAUUCGUCAGUUUUUCGCAUUGUACGUUCGAACCAGCCAGAAACGAAAAGGGGACGCAUUGCAUUUACUAAGAGACGAACUGCUGAAGCAGCUGCAGAACAUUGUAGUAUUUUCGCACAACUCCCAGCUUCCGGAGGAGUAUGUGGUACAAUCGGCUGCCAUGCUGAGAUUGUACUGCGCUCUACGGGGAAUUUCCGGAAUCAAAUUCACCGAUGAAGAGAUAAUGCAUCUGAUGCAGUUGAUUACUUCCAAACCUCCUCCAACACCGGCGGGAAUCCGUUUCGUAUCCCUUGGACUUUGCAUGCUGAUAGCUUGUCCUUCAAUAAUCGCCCAUCAAGGAAUCGAAGCAAAAAUUAUCGAAUGGAUCCAAUGGUUGAUCAAAGAGGAGGCAUAUUUCGAAAGCGUGAGCGAAGUAUCGGCCUCUUUCGGGGAGAUGUUACUGCUGAUGGCCAUUCACUUCCACAGCAACCAACUGAAUCACAUAUGCGAGUUGGCUUGCUCCACGCUUGGCAUGAAGUUUCCCCUCCGCCCGAAUACGAUCACCCGCAUGAAGUACAUAUUCACCCAGGAAAUCUUCACGGAGCAAGUAGUGGCCGCACAUGCCAUCAAGGUUCCGGUAACGAUGAAUCUGAACGCAAACAUUCCCGGUUACCUUCCGGUCCAUUGCAUCCAUCAGCUGCUCAAAUCGCGAGCCUUCUCCAAGCACAAAGUACCGAUCAAAAACUGGAUCUACAAGCAGAUUUGUACUUCGGUGACUCCACUGCACCCGGUUCUGCCGGCCUUGAUUGAAGUGUACGUGAACUCCAUCAUAAUGCCCAACCAGAAGGGUCCCAUCGAACAUACGCAUAAGGCGCUGUCUGAGCAGGAAAUUCAGCAAGUGUUUCAGAACACGAUGUUUGCUUCGAAACAGGAAUCCAUGAGACAACAAACUACAGGAAACAACGAUCAUGAACCAAUGGAAACCAACCAACUCGAUGACGCAGCAACAGCGAGCAACGCAAAUUUGACACCUCAGCUUCUUCUGCUGUAUUACCUGCUACUGUACGAGGAUGUUCGUCUGAGCAACAUGGUCAACAUCAUCACCAGUGGCCGACAGGUGAAAAGCUAUUCAAACGAGUUCAUGUCUGAGCUUCCGAUCAAGUAUCUGCUCCAGCAAGCACAACGAAACCAGCAAGAGUACAGCGUAUUGUUCAGUCCUCUUCUGCGCUUGCUCGUCACGCAUUUCCCGCAUCUCUCGCUCGUUGACGAUUGGAUAGAUGAAGAGUGCAUUUCACUUGAGCAUACUUCGAAUGUACCGGUAAGUGAGCUCAACAUCGUGGAAGCUUUUGAAGAAAUUGAGCUCAGUCCCGGAAAGACGAUAAAACUGUUGAAGAUCAUGAUGAGAAAGUCACCAACGGAUCUAUGGCCUUUGGCCGAAACCUUCAUUCGGUAUUUCAAAGCGAUCCUGAGCAGUACUGUUCCUCGGCAGAUACAGGAAUUAUACAAAAACGUAUGGAUACGCUUGAAUACAGUUUUUCCUCGUCGGCUCUGGGUGAUGUCCAUAAACGCCCUAAUGCCAGAGGACGCCGUGACGAGGAACUUUACACUAACGCAAGAGAACAUACUGAUCGAUCCUUUGCAAGUGCUGCGAUGCGAUGAACGAGUGUUCCGCUGUGCCAGUGCACUGGCAAUAGUUUUGCGCAUUUUACAGGCAAGUUUAGCAGCAUCCAAAAGUCAGCUUACGCGUCAUAUGUUGGACAAACCGUUGAUUGACGUUGGAAAUCAGGUCAAAUCGGACACAGACCGAGAAGAGCUCAAACUAGCCUUGGUAGCAUCACAAGAAAGUGUAGCAGUCCAAAUUCUACUCGAAGCAUGCCUGGAAACGGAAGAUGAUCGCAUAAAACCGGGUCGCCAAUGGGCCCUUCGAGAGAUUCGAGGAGUGAUCUGUUCCUACAUCCAUCAGGUAUUUAUUGCUGAGCCGUCGCUUGCUAAGCUAGUGCAUUUCCAAGGCUAUCAUCGUGAGCUGCUUCCGAUGACCGUCCGUGGCAUUCCGUCGAUGCAUAUCUGCUUGGACUUCAUACCGGAACUGUUGAGCAUGGUUGAAAUGGAUAAGCAGAUCUUUGCGAUUGAUCUCACAUCGCACUUGUCGCUCCAGUAUGCUCUUCCGAAAUCGCUGAGUAUUGCAAAGCUUUGUCUCAAUACGCUUACCACACUUUUGGGAGUUCUUUCCAGUGACACCCGUGUCGAAAUGUUCCGUGCCGUGCUGCCGUGUAUUGUCCGCUUUUCGGAAGCCUUCCCGCCUUUGCUGGACGAGUGCAUUAUGUUUUUGAUGCAGCUUGGACGUAUCGCUGAGUCGCAAUCGGCCCUGGGACGAUCCGUUUCACUGCCGAACCUGUAUCUGGGCCCGGAGGCGAAAGUGCGCUCCCACAGCAAGCGAUCCCAGUACGCGGAGAAGCUGGUCGAUGAGAUCAAGGAAACGUUCAACAAAUUAUUGGACGACGCUAUUAUGAAUCCAAAAAUUUACUGACAAAUGUUGAUUGCUUCGUAGUAAGAUGGCAAGAGUACAAUAAAAGUUUGUGAGCGUAAAUUUGAUCCAGAACAACCUAAUUCUAA